AUGGACACAUUAGCUGUGACUGAGGCCGAUCGCCUGGGGCCAGAGCACGAUGGUCCUCCACUGCAGACCGCGACAGAGGAGCGAUCCCCUGGCGCUGGUGAGAACAAAUUUCAGAAAGCCCUGGCAGCAUGGCGAAAUAUCAAUCUUUCGGCGCUGAUGCCGCAGCUGGACUCUACUGCAUCGGAAAUCGUUGCCCAUCAGAGAGAUGCGUUACUCGAGCGAAAGGAACUGGCUCAGAAGACCAAAGACUUUAGGAAAUUGGAGGAUGCGGCCAAGCUGACUGAGUACAAGGCGCUGUUGAAGUCCUACCAAGGGUUCAUUGACUUGAUCACCGGACAUGGAAAGACUGCGUCGUCCGCGUUCCUUCAACUAUACCAAUCGCUCUCUGAUGCGCCUGACCCAUUCCCUCUGUUAGAGGCAUCCAUCGACUCCCUCGUCGCCUCUGAAGAUACCGUCCCGAAGCUGACCGCCGAAAACCAACAACUGCUGUCACGAGUCAAUAAACUAUCUGCACAGCUAGAAGAAACAGAAAAGAAGCUACAAGAGGAGAGUCAGGCCAGAAGCAAUGCCGAGGCUGGAACUAGCGUUCUCGUCAAGGAAGUGGAAGAGAAGUGGGCAAAGGUAUUGGAGGAGAAGCAAAACAACUGGGUUGCGAAGGAGCGAAGCCUUGAAGAGAAAGCCGAGAACCAAGAAAGAGUAAUGAAGGAACUGAAGGCCAGCUACGAGGUCUCGCAGAGGCUGCAAGAAGGCUCCGUUGAACAGGCCGCGUCCAAAGCCGCAAGUGUGGAGUUGGAAAUGAUCAGUUCGGAACUCGAGAAGACAAGUGCUCGCCUUGCGGAAAUGGAGGCUCGGAACGAACAGCUGCGCGUGGACCUUGCUCGAGCGACGUCACAGAACGCGAAGAGCCAUGAUGUUGAAGAUGACCCUUUGUUUCAACGUUUGCAAUCCGAAAAUUCCUCGCUCCUGAGGAAGAUUGAACAAGCACGCUUCGAGAGAGACAGUGAGAAACGUAAAUGGGAGGAUAGGCUCCGUCAAGUGGAAAGACAACGUGCACAACUUGCGGCCGACAACGACGAUCUACGCGCUAAAGUCAGCAAAUGGUCAGACUACGAGGACCUCAAAAGAGAGCUGGAUACCCUCCGGUCGAUUGAACUGUCAAUUGAAGGCGACGACGAUGAAGCUGAGGUGGGUUCGGAUGAUGUAAAAGAAAACGGCUCGAAGCAGUCCUUGGAACAGCUUCUACUCGCACGGAAUAAAAAGCUAAGCAACGACCUGACAUUACUUCGAGUCUCCUAUCAGGACCUCCAAGCCCAGUACGAGGAUCUUCAAGAAGAGCUCUCUCGCACCAAUGCAGAACUGGAGAAAUCCCAGAAGCUGGCGUCGACGUUAGAAAACGAUCUGCUCCGGGUACAAGAGGAAGCUGCAAAUGCGCUUCCAUCCUCCGGAAUGUCGGUGGCAGGCACCUAUGUCUCGCGACAUCCCACCAGCUCAUUGCGUCGAGGCAGGGCUUCACCAACUUCUUCGAUCAUCUCUGGUUACGAGGUGCAACCUAGAGGCAGCACCCUCGAGUCAUUGCGGGCCGGCGAGCCAGUUGGAGGAGGAUCUGGUAUUCUCCCCAUGAUCCAGGCUCAACGCGACCGGUUUAAAGAGAAGAAUCAGCAGCUUGAGGAAGAGCUCGCCAAAACAUAUGCUACGGUUACAUCCCUCCGACAAGAGGUUGCCUCGCUGCAGAAGGAUAACCUCAACUUAUACGAGAAGACAAGAUAUAUCUCUGCAUACAGCCGAGGACCGACCACGACGUCGUCUUCCUCAUACUCCGGUGCUCCUGGACAUACCGCAGUAUACACUUCGGACGACGCCACUUCGGACCGGUGGAAGUCGCAAUAUGAAGCCAACAUCUCCCCGUUUGCCGCGUUCCGUGGCCGCGAGGCUGCUCGAGCCUACAAACGCAUGAGUUUCCCAGAACGGAUCAUAUUCUCACUCACGCGAAUUGUUCUUGCCACAAGGACAUCGCGCAACCUCUUUGCUGCAUAUUGCGUGGCCCUCCACGUUUUGGUUUUCCUAAUGCUCUACUGGAUGGGCACCACGGACGUGGAGCGGAGUGCCGUUCGCCUGGGGGAAGCGGCCGCCGUUGGGGCUGUAGGAGGGCGGUCUCCUGACUCUCACGGCGCGGACUGGCACCAGGAAGACUUUGGAUAG